AAGAAAUUAACUUCUCCUAGCUCUAAAAGAUAAAAACUGGGUUUCUUUGGAAGAGGCCCUAUGUGGUUGCCUGAACCUGAUCGUUUUUUUUUCUGUGUCCAGGGCUCCAGCGCGCUCUCCUCGUCCCUGUUCUUCCCUAGCCGCCGCAGGCUGCAGAGCCCCCGGCGAGCUGCCGCCCCUGCCACAUAUACUCAGCCUCCGUCCCUCGCCGGUCCCAAUACCCUGUCGUCCCCAGACGAAGCCGACGAGCGUGACCCUCGCUUGCCUGAAUCUGACGCCUCCGGGCUCGGGCUAUAGUUCAAUCGGUGCCGGCGGGGCAAGAGGAAUGGCGUGGCGGAUGAUGCGAAGGAAGGAUUUUCACACGGGCCUUGUGACUUUGGCGUUCCGAAAGGAUCUUGGGUUCAAAAAGUUUUUCUCCAGUGGAAAAAUCGGAAAUCUGUCCCAGGUCUACGGCAGUGAUAAGCCCAAAUACUCUGCUAAUUGCAUGCCCUCUAACCAUUUCACUAUCAGGAAUUUUAAUGCAGGUGUUUAUUUGUUAGCAUGGAGUCAGAAAAGGGAGGAUGUUGUAGGUCUGAAAGCUCCCAAAAAGGAGAAGCGAGUGAAGAAAGAAAAUAGAACACAACCUCCUGUAGAAGCACCAUAUGUUGCACCAAAAACGAAGAUAUCUAUCAAACCUGUACCAGAUAAAACUGUUGAGAUUUUUGACGGGAUGACUUUGCUUGACCUUUCUAAACGAACUGGUGCGUAUAUUAGUACACUUCAAGGCAUACUUGCAGAUCUUGGUGAAAAGGUUGAAUCUGAGUUUGACUCUAUCAGCAUUGAUCUUGCUGAGUUGGUUGCUAUGGAACUUGGCGUUAAUAGCAGAAGAAUGCACACUGGUGAAGGCAAGAAUGAGCCACGCCCUGCUGUUGUGACGGUAAUGGGACAUGUUGACCAUGGUAAAACAUCACUUUUGGAUGCUCUCCGUCAAACAUCUGUUGCUGCCAAGGAAGCUGGUGGUAUCACUCAGCAUAUAGGUGCCUUCGUUGUUGAGAUGUCGUCAGGAGCAUCUAUAACAUUCCUUGAUACUCCAGGACAUGCUGCAUUUAGUGCCAUGCGGGCUAGGGGCGCUGCUGUUACGGAUAUUGUAGUCCUUGUGGUUGCAGCAGAUGAUGGUAUUAUGCCUCAGACACUAGAAGCUAUGUCUCAUGCAAAAGCAGCAAAUGUUCCUAUUGUAGUUGCAAUAAACAAAUGUGACAAAUCUGGAGCUGAUCCUGAGAGGGUCAGAAUUCAACUUGGUUCAGAAGGUUUACUUUUGGAGGAUAUGGGUGGGGAUGUGCAGGUUGUUGAAAUCUCUGCAGUUACAAAAACUGGUUUGGAUAAAUUGGAAGAGGCUUUGCUCCUUCAAGCUGAGAUGAUGGACCUGAAAGCCAGAAUAGAUGGCCCUGCUCAGGCUUUUGUGGUGGAGGCAAGGGUGGACAGGGGCAGGGGUCCACUCGCAACAGCUAUAGUCAAGUAUGGCACAUUAGUUAGUGGGCAACACAUUGUUGUGGGAGCAGAGUGGGGAAGAAUUAGGUCUCUUAGAGACACAGCAGGGAAUAUAACGCAGUCUGCAAAACCUGCAAUGCCUAUUGAAAUUGAGGGGUUAAAGGGCCUUCCAAUGGCUGGGGAUGACGUUGUAGUUGUUGACUCAGAGGAGAGGGCAAGAAUGCUAAGUCAUGGGCGGAAGAAGAAGCAGGAGAAAGACAGGCUUCGAAAAAUUGAUGAGGGGAUGGCAGAGGAGCUAGAAAUUAAAGAAGAGACUCCUGAAAGAGUUGAAAUGACCAUUAUUGUCAAAGCCGAUGUACAAGGCAGUGUUCAAGCUGUCACAGAUGCUUUAAGAAGUCUUAAUAGCGCACAGGUGUUCGUGAAUGUUGUUCAUGUAGGUGUUGGCCCAAUCAGUCAGCAUGACAUUGAUCUGGCACAAGCGUGUGGAGCAUAUAUAGUUGGUUUCAACAUUCGCAGUCCACCUAGUCCUAUCACUCAAGCAGCAGCAAGAGCCAACAUAAAGGUUUUGCUUCACAAGGUCAUCUAUCACCUUCUUGAGGAGAUGGGAAAGGCCAUUGUGGAGAAGGCACCGGGAACUGCUGAAACCCAGGUUUCAGGAGAGGCUGAGGUUCUGAACAUAUUUGAGCUGAAAGGGCGCAGCAAGUCAAAAGGACCGGAUGUCAAAAUUGCUGGCUGCCGUAUAACUGAUGGCCACUUCAGCAAAUCCGGAACCAUGAGACUGUUGAGGAGCGGAGAUGUUGUCUUUGAGGGUCCAUGCGAGUCUCUGAAGCGGGAGAAGAAGGACGCAGAAACAGUCGAAAAGGGUAACGACUGUGGGCUGGUGAUUCAGGAUUGCGAUGAUUUCCAGGUAGGGGAUAUCAUACAGUGCGUGGAGCAGGUGAUUAGGAAGCCCAAGUUCAUCUCGACGCAGAGUGGUUCGGUUCGGAUUGAAUGCUGAAAUGUAGUAAUGGUUGUGGCUGACACUACUGUUCCAUUUCCCUAUUAAUUCAGCUAGUUGUGCUUUACUGACCAAAGGUUUCGAGUGUAACAAGAUUUUGUUGGCUAGCAACUUGUUGCAACUGCAACCAAACCCCUUUCUGAUAUGAGAUAAUUAGGACAAAACAACAGAGUUAAGUUGCUUUUUUUUGGGGUCAUGUUAAACAAUGUAUGCAGUAUUGCUCGUGCCCCUCUUGAAAACAGUAACUGACAACCAUAUGCUGUGAAAUUUGAAGGUGCAUCUAUAACUGUA